AGGAUAUACCCCGAGCAGCGCGUAUUCGGCGUCAGUUGAACGUGUGAUUCGAAACGUUCCACAUUUGAAUUUUAAUUUAUUUUUAAUUCGUGUAUUUGUGACUUGAACCGCCAGUUCUGACAUAAUUGAGUGUUAUAGUGCCACAGAGAUAAUCUAUACACAAUGGAUCCUCUUGUAGUCGAUGUCGUCCACUUCUACCCGAGGGAGAACGCGCAACCACACAAUACCGUUAAAUUCGAAGUGAUAAACGAUGAAAAUCCUACCACUACCAUCGUGCGACGUGGUCAACCCUUCAAUGGCGUGGCGAGGUUCACGAGGCCAUUCGACGAGAAUGAGGACGUUGUUCAACUGGUAUUCAACCUCGGAGACAAGCCACUAAUGGAUACUCAAGGUUCGAUGAUCUUGAAACGCGACGUAAUUCCCGACAAGCACAGCUGGUGCGCCAAAAUCUUGGACAUACAAGGAGAUACCGUGUCGUUUGAGGUUUCAACUCCAGUAACUUUGCCAGUGGGUUGCUGGGCUCUACGUUUGGUCACAAGUUUGAAGAGCAGCCGCGCGAGAGAAGUCUAUGACUAUGACCAGGACUUGUACAUCCUCUUUAACCCAUGGAAUCCAGACGAUCAAACCUAUAUGGAAGACGUGGGUCUUUUACAAGAGUACGUGCUGAACGAUGUUGGCAAAGUGUGGGUCGGUCCCAUCAAAACUACAAGAGGGAAGCCCUGGUUCUAUGGGCAGUUCGAUAGCGCUGUGUUACCAGCUGUCAUGUUUAUGCUGGACAGAGCUGACAUACCUUUCCACCACCGCGGAGACCCUGUGAAGGUAUCAAGGGUUAUUUCCCGCAUCGUUAACUCUAACGAUGAUGCUGGUGUGCUCGUGGGGCGUUGGGAUGGAGAGUAUGAGGAUGGUACUGCUCCAUCUGAAUGGACCGGCUCAGUGGAAAUUCUAGCCCAGUAUCUGGAGACGCAGCAGGAGGUGCCUUAUGGUCAAUGCUGGGUGUUUGCUGGUGUGGUUACUACAGUAUGCCGUGCACUGGGUAUUCCAUCACGAGUGGUGUCAAACUUGGUAUCCGCUCAUGACGCAAACUCAUCCCUCACCGUUGACAAAUACUACACCGAGAACAUGGAGGAGCUGGACUUCGACCCCAACAACCCACAGGGAGCUGAUUCGAUCUGGAACUACCACGUGUGGAAUGACGUGUGGAUGGCGAGACCUGAUCUGCCACCGGGUUAUGGUGGCUGGCAAGCCGUAGACGCUACGCCUCAAGAAACAUCAUCAGGAAUGUACCAAUGUGGUCCAGCGCCAUUAGAAGCUAUAAAGCAGGGUGUUAUCGGUUUCAACUACGAUGUUGAGUUUAUGUUGGCAUCUGUUAACGCCGAUCUCAUGAGGUGGAGGAAAGACCCUGAAUCGGAGUCAGGAUAUUCGAUGGUCGACACCAACAAUUACCAUAUCGGCCGUAUGGUCCUCACGAAGAAACCCUUCGUGUUCGACCCUCUUGGGGAUGAAGAUAGACAAGAUAUAACCGCUGAAUACAAACACAGGGAGGGAACUGCAUCUGAAAGAUUGGCUCUAAUGAACGGCGUGCGGUACUCCGAAAGGGCAAAGAGAUAUUACGCCGUCGCCGCUAAUUCCUCUAGUGACGUGACGUUCAAACUCCGUGACAUUGACACGGUACCCAUCGGCAAAGAGUUCAGAGUAAUCGUUGAUAUCGAUAACAUGUCGGACGAGGGUCGUAACAUCAAGGCCGCUCUCACAGCGACCAGUGUCUUCUACAACGGCGUGAAAGCGGACAUCGUGAAAAAGAUCGAAGGAAAAGUUUUCGUCGGUCCUCAGAAACAUGAACAAGUCAGCAUUCUCGUCCAACCAGACGACUACUUGCCCAAGUUGGUGGAGUAUUGCAAUAUGAAGAUCUCAGCGAUGGCCAUUGUCGACGAGACCAAGCAAUCUUGGGCAGACGAUGAUGAUUUCCAAGUUUUAAAACCCGACAUCAGUAUUAAGUUCAACGAGGACCUGAUCAUCGGGCAGCCGGCGACGGCGGUGCUGUCGUUCGUGAACCCGCUGGAGCGCACGCUGACGGGCUGCGAGUUCCGCGUGACGUCACCGGGCGUGGCGGGCCGCACGCUGCGCCUCGCCGCCGCGCCCGCCGCGCCGCACGCGCUGCUCAGCGCCGACCUGCCCGUGCUGCCCAACAAAUUGGGCAUGAUUAACUUCAUUGCCACAUUCAAGUCUGUUGAACUGAAAGACAUUAACGGCUCCGCUACCGUCGAAGUAUUCGAAGGAUAAACGACUCUAUUACAUAAAAUAUAAGGUUUAAUUUGUAAGCAUACAGAUGUAUUUACUCGUAGACUUAAGAAAAGGUGUAUUUUUUAACAAAUACGUAUAUGAGAUUAGUCGAUGUGCCAUACAUGGUACAUAAGUAAAUAAUGGUAGCUGUUAUUCAUUAAUGAGAUUCUUUAUUUAAAUUUAAGUGUAUAUAUUUAUUUUAAAAUGAAACCGCUUUGAACGAAAAGAUUUGAAUGCAACUUUUUAUAUGUAGCGUUUCUGACGCAAAAACGAUUUACUUCCGUCACGCGUGCCAGUAAUGUCAUAUACAUUAAAAGAUCGAAAUAAAAAAUAUUUUUAAAACCAAA